GGGCCCACACGGCCAUCACUAACCCGUCCUCUCUCCAUCUGAGAGUCUCUCUUGAAAGUAAACGGGAGCCGGCUUGUCCUCGGACGAAUGUAGGAUGUGGGUGGGGCUGUUGGCCAAGCCUGCAAGCAGCUGUAAGUUCAUGAAAAGAUUUGCAGCGUCUGGUUUCGUCCGCAUGCGCAAAGGUAAAGAGGCGGAGUAAGUGACGUUGCACCUACCUGAUUAUCUAUGCAUGCCAGGAGCUCAAGCAGCUGCUGAAUGAGGGAAGUUGGGAGUAUGAAAAUGCACACGGAGAUAUAACGUAGUAAAUUAAACCUGGCAGAAAAAUGGUACUGCUUAAUGUUGGAUGGACAUUCCUUAACAACUCAUCAUUCCAUUGAUCCGUUUCUAUUUUCUUUUUUUGGAAGAACACCGACCAGAUCGUACGGAAUUGAGGCACAAAGGCAGAUGCGGCUCUAGGUUGUGUUGCGGUUGGACUAAGAGUGACCGUGGGAAAUUUGUUUUAUUUAAUCUGCAGUUGGAUAAAACGGGCUGGCCGUGAUUCGGAGUCGGAUCUAUCUUGUAUUGCAGUUCUUUUACACCUACACCGAGUGAGCAGAGAUCGACGCAUGGUGAGAUGCCAGUUUGACCUCGCUCAGUUAAACAUUUAAUGAAAUGGCUGGCGCGGUUGAAAUAUUCUGUACGUUUCACACAACCUGCUGUUUUCCAAGGGAAUCCUUGAAGCAAGCGGAGUGAUCCUUUCACAUCCUUUCAUAACAACAUCAAAAUAUACAUAAAAAAUGGGCAACAGUCUAUCGAACAUGUCCGCUUUUCAGUCCUUGCACAUUGUAAUGUUGGGUUUGGACUCAGCCGGCAAAACCACUGUGUUGUACAGACUAAAAUUCAACGAGUUUGUGAACACCGUGCCAACGAUCGGCUUCAAUACCGAACGAAUCAAACUGAGUAACGGGGCCGCGAAGGGCAUCAGCUGCCAUUUCUGGGAUGUUGGGGGACAGGAGAAGCUGCGGCCGCUCUGGAAAUCCUACAGCCGCUGCACGGACGGCAUUAUAUACGUGGUGGACUCCGUAGACGUGGACAGACUGGAGGAGGCGAAAACGGAGCUCCAUAAAGUCACCAAAUUUGCCGAGAAUCAAGGGACCCCGCUGCUAGUAAUCGCAAAUAAGCAGGACUUGCCCAGAUCCCUGCCUGUUGCGGACAUUGAAAAACACCUUGCGCUCCACGAGCUCUCCCCCUCCACCAGCUACCACGUUCAACCGGCUUGUGCCAUCAUAGGCGAGGGGCUAACCGAAGGCAUGGACAAGCUAUACGAGAUGAUCGUGAAACGAAGAAAAUCGCUGAAGCAGAAGAAGAAGCAGCAGUCACAGCCGCCACCGCAGCGUUCAUACUGCGAUCGAGGUGCUGAGGAUUUCAGUCGCAAUGAACUUUCUGAAUGAAGCAUUUCUAGACCUGCAAACAUUUGUUUAAACAUUGAAAAUAUCGGGGAGAAUGAGGAAAUGGGAUUCCGCACCCUUUUAACCGAUAGUCCGAGGUUUCGUGCAGCAGCAAUGGGAAUGUCAUUUUCGGGGAAGCACACGCACCCCUAUAUUAGCAGAGCAGACGGCGGAGUAAUCGCAGGACGUGUUCUGCUGUCCAUUGAUUGCUUUAUUAAUGGUAUUCAUUUACUCUGCAGUGAUCCAUAUUUUGUUCCUGAAAUUAUUACUGACGUCACCCCCGAGUCACUGUCCAUUGAUUGGUGGGAUGUGUGUUUACAAAUCAAUUAAAAUAAUAACAUUUUAUUUAUUAAAAUGUGAAGAUAAUAGAUUUUCGUUUUUAGCAUAAUUUAUAUAGGAUGCUUUAUUUUAUUUUUUUACAGAUUGAGAAUUUCAUUGUGAAGAGUUAUUCUUGAUUUGCCUUUUUAUCUACCCUGUUAUGUAUCCACUUGUUUACUUUUUCACGCAGAUAACUUACAUGUUACAUUAUAAAUCUCUGUAAGUUAUGGUGUGCUGCUUGUGUAAAGAGCCUUGUGGUGGUCCCCGCCAUUUAAAGGAGUGAUAUGAAAAAGAAAUUGUCACAGUGAUGAUGCCUGUAUAUUACACAAUCCAGUAAAAACAAACACAUACCAAAUCCUAUGUGAAUGUUUAAUCCUGUAAGAGGUUAUAGGAUUUACAUAUACUGUAUAUAUUUCACAUGACUCAUUUUAAUCUUUUUGAAAUCCUGUUGGAUUUUAUGAGCUGGCAAAGAUGAUUUUUUGCCAGGUAACCUAAUGGAGGUGGUAUUCUGUAACUCACUAUUGUACUGUACAACUGCGUAUUGCCCGGGGCAUUCAUGAAACAGAGUUUAAUGUCCAAAUACUUGCAGAAAAAUAUGGUAUUGACUGUGGCACCAUUUCUGUGUAUUGAUUAUAUUAUUAUUAUUUUUUUUUUUUUGCACUUUUGUAGUACAACACUGUAAAAUGAAUAGUGGGUCAAAUGAUCCAAAAAACUACUGCAGUAUUUUUUAUAUUAAAGUAUUUAAAAUGUAUACACAUACGUUCUAAUGUUACUGUCUGAAACAACUGUAAGCAUUUCUAUGUUUUUCAUGUUUUGUACCUGGUAACUGGGCUAAUCCUGAUUACCUUAGCUUGUUUUCACCAGAUGCCAUUAAGUCAUUUCCUUUUAAGGCAUAUCAUUUGAUUUGUUUUUUCAAUAAAAAAAUGUUUUAGGAUAUUAUACAUAUCAUUCAAA